AUGAUGAGACCAGCUGUGCUGCAGAAGCUUGGGAAGUCUUUAAUGACGAAGAGAGUUUUCAUGGUUACUGGUGUCAGAUUGCACGAGGGGCAUCGACAGGACGACAAACAUCAUACAGCUCCGGUGGCAUAUUCAAGGUGGGAGUUACACCAACUCCUACAAUUCCUGUAUCACUUGGUCCUAGUUUCGAUUUCGAGAAGAGCAAGUCGCAGAGCGUGACUUCUCAGAGCAGCGAUUUUGUUUGGGCAUUUAGUCUUAGGCAAAUGUUCUAUCGAUGGGGUCAAAUCACCGAGUCUAGUACAUACAAAGAUGGAGCCACUCUAGAGGACAGAACCAGCAAGGUCAAAACAAUCGGUCAAGCAUCCUCGAGUUCUAGUUCACGUGGAGAAGUCAUUGUGGUUGAUGGCUCUAAACCAUUCAGCGGAGAAGGAUCGGGGUUGAUUUCUGUACAGGAAGUUCAUGCGGUUGGCGAUGAUAUUCAGUUUGUGCUGGUGGAUAAUCUUUGA